AUGCUCUCUCGCGCUGCAACGAACCUUUCGCGAGCGCGGGUGCCUCUCGUCGGCGUACGGGGCAUAUCGGUGCAGUCCAUCCUCCAUGGCUCCCCGGAGGCCAAGGAAGCCGGCGAUCUUGAAGUCCAGCAGCAUCACAAAUUAGUGGCCAGGAACAAGUACCUGCACGGCUUUGAGGUCCACCACGUAAAGCCAGACCAAGUCGCGGAGUACAGAAAGGCCGCGGAGGCCUACUAUACCGGCUUACGCGACGACAAGGAUCUCCACGUGAAGCUCUCUGGUAACUUUGAGGUCGUAGUGGGCGAGCAGGACACAUUCUAUCACAUUCUGGAGUACGAGAACCAUGCGGGGUUUGACAGGACGUGGAACAAGCUGCUCAAUUCCGAGCAUGCCAAGGCUCAUGACGCACUUCGUCCAUACUUGCGCGCUCGCUCUACUCAGUUAACACAGGAGUUCGCAUUCCUACCGACUUCGCCGCCUCACGCGGAGGGCGGCAUCUUUGAGCUCCGUUCAUACCAACUGAAUCCCGGCGCGCUGCUCGAGUGGGAAUUGACUUGGCGGCAGGGCAUCGAAGCGCGACGGAAGUUCGUGGAGCCAGUAGGCGCCUGGUACGCACAGAUGGGCCGCCUUCACCAAGUCCACCACCUGUGGCAGUAUCCGAACCUCGAGACGCGCAAGGAGAUGCGCGAGAAGGCUUGGCAGAUUGACGGCUGGUCUGACACGGUUCAUAAGACGUCACAGUUAGCGAAAUACAUGGACUCGUUGCUCAUGGUUCCCCUGUCGUUCAGCCCGCUCAAAUGA